AUGAUUAGCAGUAGGCACCUUGUCUUUCUCCAGCAAGUGGUCGUGGUGCUGGCCGCGGUGGCUGGGGCUCUGGCCCUCCCCACAGACCUCUACAACCAACCGUCAUACAAGCCGGCGCCCAUGCCAUACAACUACGCCUAUGGUGUCAAGGACGACUACGCCGGCACUGACUUCGGCCACAACGAGGACUCCGACGGCAGCGCGGUCAAGGGCUCCUACAAUGUUGUCUUGCCCGACGGCCGCAUCCAGACGGUAAACUACGUGGCUGACCACUACAACGGGUACCAGGCCCAGGUGAGCUACAAGGGCGAGGCCCAGUACCCACAUGAGUACGGUCCACCUGUCACCUUCAAGCCCCAGUACCAAAACUCAUACCAGCCCCAGCCCUCAUACCAGCCCCAGCCCUCAUACCAACCCCAGCCCUCAUACUCGUAAACACUGAUGAAAAACGCUUCCAGAUACCUUUGAUCCUAGUCACAGACAAUACUUUUACUCAAUAAAGCAUGCUUUUGUUUAAAAUUAUUUUAAUUACAAAUCCACAAAACAAUUGCAGUUUAAUAAGACUAUUACGGAGCUGAGACUCGCCAGGUGGAGUGUGGCCGGUUAUAACCACACACGAGUUAAGAACCUGACACAUUAAGCACUUGAUAAUAACCUGUUAACGCUAUUAAGAUGAAACAUAAAUAUAAACACUAUUUACAAGGUUCCUUCUAGCAGUAUUAAUGCUUUUGAUUUACACCGUUGGGUGGUAUUUCUUUCUGCUAUCAGAAUAUGCAAUAUUAUGGACAGCUGGAAAAAACUCUCUGGAUCGAAAAAAAUCAGACUUCUUGGGGGUAGUAGUGGGGGCCGACUAAACUAAAAGGGGGCAAUGAGGCUGACCCCAACCAGGUUAUGUCAGUUCCACAUCCCUCUUCAGUCACCCUGCAAAGUAGGGUGAAGCUA